AUGGCUACAGCGGGAGUCAAGCGCAAGAGUAGCGCCGACGAUAAAAGUGAGAAGAAGCAGAAGACGAGUGAGAAGCGCGAGAGGAGCGAGAAGAAGGACAAGAAAUCCGACAAAACUUCCUUCACACCGACCGUGAAGCGCUCGCACCUCGAAGCCGCCGCCAACAACGACGAUGACGAGGACGACGAGGAGGAGUUCAACGGCAUCUCCGACGAAGACAACGGCAUCAAUCCGGAGCGAGUCGAGGCGAUUAAAUCGAGCAACAAUCCCAAUGCAAAGGGCUUCAAACUUGAUGGCUCGUCAGCGGAGGCACACGCCAAACAGAGGGUGCUGGCAAAGGAGCGGAGAGCUGCAAAGCCCAAUGCCGAUGUCGUGCAGCGCAGUAAACAACUGUGGGAGCGUCUGCGGAGGAAAUCACAUGUUCCCAAGGAAGAACGGGCGGAAUUGCUGGCGGAAUUGUUCAAAAUCAUCGAUGGACGGGUCCGGGAUUUUGUCUUCAAGCAUGACAGCGUGCGAGUUGUACAGUGUGCCAUCAAAUAUGCCAGACCGGAACAACUCAAGGGGAUCGUGAAGGAGUUGAAGAACGAUGUGCGAGAUUUGGUGGAGAGUCGGUAUGGAAAGUUCUUGGUGGCCAAGAUGGUCAUGCAGGGCGAUCGUGAGGACAAGGACAUCAUCAUUCCGCAAUUCUAUGGGCAUGUCAAGAGAUUGAUCAACCACCCGGAGGCGAGCUGGAUUGUGGACGACAUUUAUCGACAGGUUGCAACACAGGCGCAAAAGGAUAUGAUGUUGAGAGAAUGGUAUGGCACCGAGUUUGCGCUUUUUGGCAAGGACAAGAGUGCCGGACAGCGCCGCUUCGGCGAGAAGGCAGAAGCUGACGAUGCUUCCGCCAAUCUGAAAGAGAUUCUGGAGAAGAGCCCGGAGAAGAGGAAGCCAAUUCUCGGCUACCUCAAGCAAAUGAUCAACAACCUCGUCCAGAAGAAGAUGACCGGAUUCACCAUGCUUCAUGACGCCAUGCUGCAGUACUUCCUUGCCUUGGAGCAGGGCACUGAGGAGCAAAGCGAAUUCCUCGAGAUCCUCAAAGGCGAUAUUGAUGCCGAGGAGGAGGGCGGUGGUGGAGAUCUCUACCGAAACUUGGCUUUCACCAAGAACGGAAGUCGUCUCGUCUGUCUGACUCUCGCACACGGAACUGCCAAGGAUCGAAAGGUGAUUUUGAAGUGUUUCAAAGACAACAUCGAACUCAUGGCUUGUGAUACCUAUGCAAAGAUGGUCCUCGUGACUGGUCUUGAAGUUCCGGACGACACAAGAAAUGCUCUGCAAGCCAUCCUCCGCGAACUUCUUGGACUACAAAUCGAAAACUCACAAGAACGAUUCGAUAGGUUGGAAGGGUUGAUCACGAACCUCAACGCACGACUCCCAUUGCUGUAUCCCAUUGCACCGGAAGCGAAAUGGCUACUCAAAGCAGGCGAGGAAAAGACACUUCUCGAUGAAGUCCACGCCAUCCGCACAACCACAUCAAAAAAGGCACCUGAAGUAAGARGACAAGAACUCAUCGCACAUCUUGCCGGACCUCUUCUGGAAUUCGUGGCAGAGCGUGCAGGCAAUCUCGUACAAUCAAGUUUCGCCGCACAAGCCAUUACGGAGAUUCUUCUUGAAUGCCCUGGAGAUAAGAGAGCGGCGGCUGUCGAGGCCGUUGCUGCACUUGCCGAGGGGACACCGUUGGAAGAAGGACAUAUCGCUCAGGAUCCCGCUGCGAGUCGCAUGUUGAAGACGCUUGUCUCUGGUGGAAGCUUUGACCCCAAAACAAAGACCGUCAAGCUUGCGGAGCCGAGACUGGGAUUCGCCGAGGUGCUGUAUGGAGUUAUCGGAGAACAUGUUGUGGAAUGGGCAUGUUCAGACGCCAGCUUCGUGGUGGUCGCCAUGUUGGAAAGCGAGGAAGUUUCCGACAAAAUCAAGGACAAGAUUCGAAGUGCGUUGAAGAAGGGAAAGAAGCAUGUUGAAAAAGCUGCUGCUGAGGGUCAGAAGGCGUUGGAGAAGAAGGUCGUGGCGCAGCAGGAUGAUGAUGAUGAGGAGAUGGGUGGUGUCCCUGUCGAGGAGCCGAAGAAGAAAAAGUCCAAGUCGGCGGGCGGCGUCAAAAAGGGGAAUGCGGGUGCGAAGAUUUUGUUGCAGAAGUUGUGA